UCACUGCGCGCGCCGCGUGCGGUUGUGGUCACUUGCCUCCACUCCUCGCUUCGCUCACCCGACUCGGACACACACUCAGUGUACUUGCACACAGCGAUCCGUAUGCGCGUUUCAACGUACAUCGCGCAGUUUCUCUCGUAAAUAAUUAGUAUGUGAAUGCGACGUGUAUUUGUUCAACACGAAAACGAGUGAAAUGGUGUGGAUUCGCUGAUCAGCGCGCGUUCGCUUCAUCUUGCACUUGGACUGACUUCAUGAGGAACUGGUCGAAAUAUCCUGUUUUGCUUAGAUAACUUCUUUCUUCACCUUCAGUAAUGAUUAUCAGAAUACCAUGGCUUUCGCUGCAGCUGAUACUACUUAGUUCUGCUUACAUCACUUUUGUAUUAGGUAACCCAAUAUUUCUCGAUCAAAAAUGGAACAAAAAUCCCGUAAUAAAAUGGUCGCCCCCAAUGGACAACUGGAACUGGACGACAGAACCUCGCAACCAGGAACUGUUCUUCAUGCCUUCCAACCAUGAGCACAAGCUGCCGCCGUCAGCGAACGAGACGGAACUAAUUGCGCACAUGGCUGCCCUGAAAAGAAAUUACUCACGCCUUUUAUGGGACAGCGAUAAAAGCUCAAACUUGCCACUUUUUGUAGAAAAAGCCUUGAAGUUGCUCAAUUUGAAGCAAGUUUACUAUGAAGUAGAACACUCUGUGAUGUCUAAAGUGUCGUGCACCGCGUGUAAAGCGGGCGCAGGUCUCCUCCAACACUACAUACGCGCUGGCAAAAGCAAUGAGGAAAUCAAUAAAAUAAUAUACCAAUUCUGCGUCUCCUUGAAAAUACAGUCUGCCAGAGUGUGUGAGGGCAUAACAAGACUCUUCGGGAGUGAAGUUGUAUACGUACUGAAGCGUGUAACAAUAGGACCCGACGAGAUAUGCAGCUUCGUCAUAGGCGACGCUUGUGGGGACGUGUAUAACCCUUACCAUGAGUGGGAAGUUGCUUUUCCUCCGGUGCCGAAGCCAGCCGCGAAAGUCCUCGAUAUCCCGGUAGACAAGGCUCCGUCGUUCAAAGUUCUUCAGAUUUCUGAUACUCAUUUCGAUCCGUAUUACGCUGAAGGUGCAAACGCAGAAUGCAACGAGCCGCUGUGCUGCCGCGCGUCCAACGGGCCUGCGGUGACGCCCGGCGGCGGCGCCGGCCGCUGGGGCGACUACCGCAAGUGCGACACGCCCAAGAGGACCAUCGACCAUAUGUUAAAGCACAUCGCUGAUACGCAUACGGAUAUCGACUAUAUUUUAUGGACUGGUGACUUGCCUCCGCACGACGUUUGGAACCAGACAAAGGAAGAAAACCUCAAAGUUCUGCAGGAGACUGUAGCCCAGAUGUCUGAUAUGUUUCCGGGGGUUCCCAUCUUCCCCGCUCUCGGUAACCACGAGUCCUCUCCAGUUAAUAGUUUCCCACCGCCAUACAUAUCGUCACCGGAGUCCAACAUAGCCUGGUUGUACGACGAAUUGGACGCCCAGUGGCGACGGUGGCUACCCGCCGGAGUGUCCCAUACGGUGCGCCGCGGGGCCUUCUACUCUGUCCUCGUACGCCCCGGCUUCCGCAUCAUAUCGCUCAACAUGAACUAUUGCAACAACAAAAACUGGUGGCUGUUACUCAACAGCACCGACCCGGCGACCGAGCUCCAGUGGCUCAUCUACGAGCUGCAGUCAGCAGAGUUCAGCGGGGAGAAAGUCCACAUAAUCGGCCACAUACCGCCCGGCCACUCUGACUGUUUAAAAGUGUGGAGCAGAAACUACUACGCCAUCAUCAACCGUUAUGAGUCCACGAUUACUGCACAAUUUUUCGGACACACGCAUUUUGACGAAUUCGAGGUGUUUUACGAUCCAAACGACCUAGGCAGAGCAACUAGUAUAGCCUAUGUGGGACCGUCUGUAUCGCCUUACUAUGAUUUAAAUCUUGGCUAUCGAAUAUAUUAUGUCGACGGAGAUCACGAAGCAACAACUCGGUUAGUGGUGGAUCACGAGACUUGGAUAAUGAACUUGAAGGAGGCCAAUUUGUUUGGAUACCCGAUAUGGUACAAGCUGUACUCUGCGAGGUCGGCGUACACAAUGAAUGCCCUGCGGCCGCAGGACUGGGACAAGUUAAUUGACGAUAUGACAGCUAAGGAAGACGUUUUCAAUUUAUAUUUCAAACAUUACUGGAAGAACAGUCCCCGCCGAGGCACUUGCGACGGCGAAUGCCGCAAGCGGUUGGUGUGCGAUGCGCGCUCGGGCCGCUCGCACGACCGCCGCGCGCUGUGCGGGCACAUCGAGGCGCGCAUCGACGGCUCUGCGCCGGCGCCGCAAACGUGGCGCGCGUGGUUCUACAACGGACUCUCAGUCUCUUUCAAAGCUAUAGAAAACUUAAUCAAAGUAGUUUUGGAUGCUUUAUAAAUUGUGCUUUUCGACUAAAUAAUGGAAUGAUAUGUCAAGGAUGUCAAUGAUAAUGCAAAUACCUCAAGUGGCAUAUUCAAUACCAAAGUUCGUGAUGGGUCUCGGCUGAGAAGUGCCGGAUGAAAACUGCGGAGGUUUGAUCAGCGCCGGAAGCUCGGUAGUUAAGUAAAGCUGCUGUAGUGACUUCAAUUAUUACAGGGAACUGAUGAAUAUCGAACAAUCUAAUUGAUCUGUGUAUUUACGCAAGACAAGUAAAUUAGUCCCACUGUUUCCGUUAUUCGUUUUAUACUACGUUACAUUGAAGACUUAUAGCUUCAACCAUUCUAAAAAUUCUUUUAAAAAUAAGGUUCCUAUUCCUACAUUUACUUGGAAUCUAUUUUAAAACUUACUCUGAUUCACACUACGGUGGUCUCAAACUGUACUAAAUACUGAAACUUGUAUAGAGUUAAUGAUAAUUUGAUGUUAAUAAUAAGUUAAGUAAUUUUAUAUUGUACAUACCUACAAAUCUGUAAAUUUUUAAUUAAAUGAUUUUUUAAAUA